AAAAAAUUCAAAAAUGUUGAAGUUGCUUUUCUUUCAAUUCCAGUUAGCACAAAUUUUCUAGAUGUAAUGUUGCAUAGCUACUCCAAGCAGCUUUUGCUUCAGAGAUGUUACAAUUGGUACUUCACCAGAGUGCUUCUGUACUGCAGGCUACAUGGGAGUCUCUAUUCUUCAACAAUGCUCCCUCGCUGAAAUGAAUUUAAACUCUGUAACGUCCUAUCUACUUGUUUGAUAUGAUUUCAACUUCUAUUUCCCCGCUGGUAUGAAAUGAAUCGAUUUAGCAAGUGGAGAGUUUUCAGUAGGUAGAUCGAUUGCUUACUGUGCAACAACAGUAAACUAAUAUUAACUGUAGUAGGACAAAAAAUGAAUAAGCCCAAAUUCCAUUUGGUACUGAUUUUCAUCCUUCAACAUUUACCAGAUUUGUAGAUUACCUUGAGAUGACAGUAAGAUUUAGAUGGCAAAAAGCUUCAGUGGCCUAAUAACUUCUGGUGUGCAAUCAUUGAACCUCAGUCUUGAUACUUUAAGUUCAAAAGGGGUCCUCCUUGUUAGAUGUUCAAGAAAGUUGUAGGCCCUGCUACACUUCUUGGUUCUAAAUUCUUGAUCAUUAUUUGGGAGGCAAAACCAUGUGAUAAUGCAUGACUCAUGUCCUGUCUUUAAUGUCCGAAGAAAAGCCUCUUCACCACAUCAACAAAAUGAUGAUUCUUCUGUAUAUAAGCUCAUAACUUGAUUAGCACAGCACCAGUUCUUCAUUCACAAACAUUAUAGAAAGCCUUCUUUAUCCUUUAAACCUUUCUAUUCAUUGUUUGUUUGAUUUAAUACAAGGAAGCAUCCUGUACAACAAUGGCUAUUCGUCUGCCUCGUAUUAUUCAAGCUAAGCAAAUUCUUAGGCGCUCCAUAUUGACGUCUAAUGCUGCCAUUUCAGCUUCUGUAGAUGUUCCAAGAGGCUAUUUAGCAGUUUAUGUUGGAGAAAAUGAAAAGAAACGAUUUGUGAUUCCCGUUGCUUACCUGAAUGAGUCUGCAUUCCAAGAAUUACUAAGCCAAGCCGAGGAAGAGUUUGGUUUUGAUCAUCCAAUGGGGCGUUUGACAAUCCCCUGCAGAGAAGACAUGUUCAUUGAUCUCACUUCUCGCUUGAGUAGAUGUACGAGUUAACCGAGCUGGCACGCAGUGUUAGACAAUAAUAGUAUUUAGUUGACAUAGCAAAGCACAAUCUUUGUAAUGUAGAGCAUGCAGAUUGCUUUUGUACAUUGCUUUUUUUUCCAUGAAAGCAGAGCAUUAUGACUAUUUGAAGCUGUCUGAAACUGCCAUUAGUAGAGGAACAAAAUACAGCUUCAAAAGAAUGAUUUAUUAAUCUUCCUUAUCAGAUUCGACCUGCAGCAUUCUUCUGUUUAAGAGCAACAUUUGCAGAAUAAUA